AGAAGAUGUUACAUGUUAGAUACGAUGUUACGCGAUUAAGGUUAUUGUCUUUGGCGGUUGGAGGUCAGAUCUGUCAAUCAGUGUGAUUGAUACUGGAUUUGCUGCGUGCAGCUGCUUCAGUGCAGGAAAUCUCGGGGCUGCUCGGCGUUGAUUGGCUGCUUUCUUGUUGUUGUCCUGUCACUCCUCCAGACUCACAGUCCUGCUAGCAUCGCAGGCUGCACAGCAAAACCCUAACCAGGAAGUCCACAAAGUUACUAAUUAAUAUCAUUUUGAUUUUUUGUGCAGUAAACGUUGAAACAAAGGCAUGACCUCUACCGCCUCUCCGACUAUUGGGGAGUUAUUCCUCACCCUCAGUGAGAUGGGUUUCACAGAGGAGCAGAUCCAGGCAGCUAUGCAGGCAGGGCAUUUUUCUGUGGCGGAUGCAGCUGAGUGGCUCUUACAGGGUCAGCAUCCACGGCACAGGUUGGUCAAACAGUCAUCACAGCCAGCAGAAACAGCAUUUUCUGCUUUCAACCCUCCCAAAGAAUCAGCAAGCAUGUCUGAGUCACAGACAUCUCCCACUGACAGCAGAGGGAGUGCUUCAUUAGUGCUGAGACCAUCACAGUCAUGCAACCUGACCCCAGAGCCACAACCGGUUGAGUCCCGCAUCAAACAGGACAAAAGUGACUUUGAAGAGCAACAGAGACAACGUGUUGCUCAGGAGGCCAGAGCAGAGAAAAGACAAAAGAAACAGGAGCGCGAGUUGGUGUUAAAGCGGAUAGCUGAGGAUCGGAGGAGCUUGCAGGAGAAGAGCCAGACUAAUGCCGCCGCAGAGACGUCUCCCCCCAGUAGUCAAGGCCAGAAGCUUGGUGGAAAAGUUCAGACUAAUGUGGAUAACAACUGCAUCCUCAUGAUUCGGCUGCCGUCUGGGGAGUCCAUGCGUGAGCGCUUUCCAGCCGACGCCCCUCUUCGCAGCGUCGUGGAGCAUAUCACCGGACGUCACCCCUCCCUACCCACCUUUUCACUCCUCCAGGGAUUCCCACGGAAACGCUUCGGGGAAGCAGAGCUCGCUUGUUCGCUGCGUUCCCUCGGCCUCACGCCCAACGCCGCACUGUGUAUUCAGACCACUCCUCCAGAGACACCCCAGGAUCCACCCAGUCCAGCAGAGCCACCGUCAGCGGGACAGAACGAGCAGGCUCCGUGCGUCGUGCUUCCUCAGCCACAUAUCCCUGUCCAGGAGGGGGCGGAGGGGCUAGACCCUGUUUUACCCCCUCCACUACCCAACCAGCUGUGGGAAGAGGCAGUGAAUUAUGCAGGGAUCCCUGGAGUUGGUCCUUCUCUGUCUGGGCCUUCUCACUUCUGGGGGCGAGGCCAGAGAUUGGUUCCUGGAAAUCACGAGGAGGCUGCUGGCAUCGAAGUUGACGAGGAACAAGAAGGAGAGGGGGAACCACCUAAUUUGCUAAACGGAAUGCCGAGGCUGCCUUUUUUCCCGGAGAACAGGAUUCGUGGAGGAUUUGAGCCCAGGCACCACUGGCCAGAGCAAGGCAAUCGACUUAGGGAGGCACCAGUGGAGGACCCAGCAGAGCCUGAGGAUGCAGGAGUUCGGAUGGCGCCCGGAGCUGCAGGUCUGGCUGCAGUGGAGCGUCUUCAAAGAGCUGCACAGCAAGAAGACCCCCGUGCCUCCCAGGGACAGCCAUCACCCCCUAAAAGACCCUUCAGAGCACCCAGUGUGCCCUCCCUAUGUGCCUUGGCCACCCGCGCCACUGUCCACCUCAUGACUGCUCCCAGUAUGCAGUACAGCAGCAGUCUGGCGUGUCUGACCCCGGAGCUGGCAGAGCUUCUGCUCAACCACAUGUCCCGCGAGAGACUCCUACGUCCACGCACUCUGGAGCUCUUCUUUGGCUGCCCAUUGCAGAAGUUUGUCCUAAACUGCUACCCGUACUCCACCAAUGAGCUCCUGCGGCAGUUACGGGCCUUCCCAGCACUGAAGCAUCUAAGUCUGGUCAACUCGCCUCUUAUCACUGACUCAGGCCUGUCAAUCCUGUCCAGCCUGGUCAAACUCCAGUACCUCAACCUGGCCUCCUGUAGCAAACUGACCGACUCCUGUCUGCAGCAUAUCACAGGUUUAAAGAGCCUGUGUUUCCUGUCCCUGGACCAGACCAAAGUGACUGAUACUGGGAUGGUGCUAUAUCUCCAAUCAGCUCCAUCCUGCCUCUUUCAGCUCAGCCUGAACCAGACGGCAGUGACUGAAGCCACGCUGGUAGUGCUGCCCACAUGUGUGCCACAGCUGCGACUGCUCAGCAUCAAGCAGACUAAGGUUAAGGAUGUGUCAGCUUUGGCAGAGCUCUCCAGCCUGCAGACUCUCAACCUGGAUGGGACAGGUGUGACAGAGGGCUCUCUAGAGCACAUCGCCACCCACCCUGCCCUGUCUUCCCUCAGUUUGGCAGGUAUCCCUGUAGAGGAUGGCAACCACGUCCUCCAGAUCAUCUCAGGUCUAAAGUUGACUCAGCUGACUCUCCCUGGACGCCACUCUGUGACAGACAGCGGACUCGCAUUCCUCUCUAGACUGUCUCUGCUCUCAGAGCUGGACCUGACAGACUACACACAGGUCACAGACCAGGGAGUCAGCCAGCUCUCCGCCAUGACCAGGUUGAAGAAACUGUCACUUAGCAACACUCAGGUGACAGACGCAGGGCUUCCUUCUCUGCGUGGCCUGCAGGAGCUGCAGGAGCUGUGUUUGGACCGAACAGCAGUCACCAGCCGCGGAGUGGCAGAACUAAUCACCUGUCUGCCGCACCUCCAGGUGUUGGGGUUAGCCAGCACUCAGGUGGGAGACACAGUAGUGAGGAGAGGUCUGAUCCGCUGCAAUCAGCUGGUUAAGCUUAAUCUCAGCCGCACACGGAUCACAGACCACGGUCUGAAGUUCCUGAAACACAUGCCUCUGGCUCAGGUGAACCUGGACGGCACCGGCGUGAGCCUGAUAGGUAUCGCGAGCCUCCUCACUUUCACCAACAUCAGCAGCAUUCGGGCCAGCAACACUCGCACCAUUUCCCCCGACGAAGUGUCAGAUGAGGAGUGGGAAGCCCAGUGAGCGUUAAAAUCCCUCCGGGUUGGUCCACACGUACCCCCGAGCACGGCUCCGACUGCUGCUGUCCCCCUCGUAGCCUCUAAAAACACGCUGCCAUCAGGACAGCCUGAACCGAAACAAACACUCCUUACUUGCACUGUUUCAACUACAGCUCGUGCCACUAAUCUGUCAAUCAUGCACGCUAACAAGUUGAAAUUUAAACGGGGAGCCUUGUGUUUUUUAAAACUAGGCCAUCUAACGUUUACAGCUACAGAAUCAAUCAGUAUUUAAUAGCAUACGCUGCAGCCCUCUGUCUCUGGGAAACUCCACCUAACAAACAUUGUAGCUUUAAAGCUUCAUGUGCAGCCUUAUAGGUCGGAGAUACAUGUGUUUCCUCUGGUUUGGCACUUGUGGAACCAGCAAGCAGGAGACAUACUUUAUGUUGGAAGUGUAACAUAUAUAACACAGCAUGUAUUUUCAGACUGUAACAACUAACAGCCUGAUAUAUUUAGACAUUAAAUGCAAACCUAAAUUGUCAAAUUCAACCACCAAAUGCGGUUGAAGGAAGGCUUUUGGAAGAUGUGAAGGCAGAUAAUGUCUUCCAGUCAUGUUUUGAACACCUAUUGUUAAAACUAACAUUGAAUCUUAAGCUGUAAACAUGUCAUAUGUUGGAUUUACCUGAAGAAUUUAAUUGCCAACUAGGAUUGAGUUCACAUCAACCUCCUGAUGUUUAUUAGAAUUAGAUCCUGUGCUUUUUUUGUGUGUGUGUGUGUGUGUGUGUGUGUGUGUGUGAGAGAGCUCCAGUUUAUGGUGCUAUUAAUAAUUGCAGCGCUUUUUCUCAGGCACCGUGCCUGAUUUUAGGCAUAGAACAGUUUUAAAUUCAUAUAAUACAUCAUACACAUUUCCUCCUGGACAACAUUUCAGGCUCACAUAUCUUCUCUUGCUUUAAUCCUUUUAAUUGUACAGUGUUUGUAGAUGCUGCAAACACCACUGCAGAUUAUGUCCAAAAAUGACUAAACAAAUCUUUAUUAUCUGUUUGAUACCGUAGACACGAGAGAGAGAAAGAGAAAGAGAGAUGUCAGCUGUUGGUUUAUUAUUGGCUUUAAAUCCACAAAAAUGAAGAGAAUGCCCAUGUUGCUAAAAAUAUUUGCUCGGUUUCUGGUUUUAACAAAAUCCUUCUCACGUUUUAUGUUAUGACAUGUUUUUUUGGUUAUCACUACAUACCAAAUAAGUCUGUUUUAAAACACCCUGCUGGAUGUCUACAUCAGGCUACAGUCUCUUUAGACAUUGACUGGACCUUUUUCCUCAAAGUGAUAUUUUAUCUAGAAAAGUUUGUUAUAACAGAAUAAUUUAGCAUGUAGUAAUAAGAAAAAUAUAUAAUUAAAAAUGGAGGAUUUUUUUUUUUUCUUUCUAACGGUGGUGGCGGUACUUCUGGGUGAUGUUAACACCAUUCCAGUGUGACAUGAACACAGCUUUACUGAGAGCUUUAGAAAAAAGGUGAUAGCCUGAAGAAUUUAUAGGAUUUAAUAACAUAAGUGAUGGCCUGUAUGGAUCUUAGUUUACAGCAAAACCACACUGCAAUAGUCAACUAAAGAGUUUUUUUCCUUUUUAACUGCAUCCUGGAGAUGCAUUGGCCUCAGUUGGCUGUCAUUAUCUUCUAUCUUUGGUCACGCCAAGAAAUUUCAGUAUUCUUUUGGACAGCCCAGUUAUUUUCAGUUCCCUGGAGGACUGGGUGAGGAGCGAACACCACGCAGCGGCUGUCGUACCAGGUCGGAUCUAUACAGCCGUGGGACUCACAAGCCACAAUCCAAAGCAACUACUUCUAAUCACUUGUCCUCUUGUUUACAGAGAUGUACAAUAGUUUAUUUUCCCUAAAAGCUUUUGAUUUUUGGAUACAAGCACUGUUUAAGUUUAAAAAAAAUAAAAUAAUAAAGUCUUCUCAAUUUAAA